AUGGCUGUUUCCACCGAAGAGCUCCUAAAGGUGCUUUACAUAGUGGACGGUUCCGAACGCAGCCUGCUCCAACAUGAGGCUGAAGCCCAACUCAAGAAAUGGGAGUCCGAGCCUGGCUACCACUAUGCUCUCCAGGACAUCUACCUUAAUACAGAGUUACCUAUGCACGUCAGAUGGUUAGCAAUCAUUUGUUUCAAGAAUGGCGUGGAGAAGCAUUGGCGUCCCUCCCGCCAGAAUGCUAUCAGCAAAGAAGAAAAGGCUGAAAUCAAGAAGCGGGUGUUUAAGUUGAUUGGAGAGAAUAACAGCCAGUUGACAAUUCAAAAUGCACAUUCCAUCGCUCGUAUAGUUCGUUUUGACUUCCCCAGUGAAUCGCCUACCUUGUUUGAUGACCUCAGUAAGACAUUAGAGGAUUAUGUCUUUGUUCAAGGGAACCUAAUAGCGACUAACAAUCUUCUCAUAAUACUCAAUCAGAUAAUCAAGGCGGUGUCAAUGGUUCGAAUUGGAAGAUCUAGACAUGCCAUGCAAAGUAAGGCGCCCAUCAUCGUUCCCAUUUUGAUCAAACUGUACUGCAAGUUCUUCCUGAUGUGGACUUCGUCAUUGGACUUAACUAUCAUGGAAGUCUGUUAUCUUUGCUUAAAGAAUUUAAGACGAAUUAUUCCUGAGGGAUUUGAACAGCCUCAUACGAAUCAAGACAUCACUGAUUUCCUCAAGUUGUCGGUAUCACAUUUACAAGGUUUGGUGUCUGAGCAUGAAAAGUAUUCAUCAGAUCUCUUAGAACGUUAUGUAAAGAGUUACAGCAAGCUUUAUGUCAGUCUCAUCAAUCUGAACCCUACAAGCUUUGUUCUUGUACCUUGUUCGCAAGAAAUUGUCACUACGUUUUUAUCCUUACUUGAAACAAGGGCUGAAGAUGUCUACAAAAGUAAUGAAGAUAACGACUUCUGGGAAACUCUCGCACUUAAGGGUUUCUUAAUUUUGAAGAAGUUGGUCGCCUAUGUUUUCAAGCAAGGUGCCGUCACUCUUAAGCAGAGGAACGAUAAAGAGGAUGUUGGAAACGCUAUCAACAAAUUAAAGAAGAACUUGUUUACACCUGAGGUCAUUUUUAACUUAUGCGAUCUCAUCAUCAAUUGGUAUUUGAGACUUAAGCCAUCUGAUCUCGAAAGUUGGCUACUUGAACCAGAGGAAUGGGUCAAUGAAGAGUUGAGUUCUAGCUGGGAAUACCAAGUGAGGCCCUGUGCUGAGAACUUCUACCAAGACCUUAUCAAGUAUUUCAAAAACGAGCUCUGUGACUUUAUCCUCAACAAAAUAUCAAAUGGCCUUUCUGGCAAUGAGUCUGUGUCCGACAUUCUCACGAAGGAUGCUACGUUGUGCACGUUCCAGCUUUCGGCCGACUCCAUCGCUAAUAGUGUUGACUUUGAUCAACUUUUAACGCAAGUGUUCCUCCCAGAGGGUCUCAAGAAUGAUCUCGUGGAGAAUAAAAUCAUCAAGAGAAGAGUCUGCUUGGUCAUUGCAACUUGGGUACCUGUCAAUUGUUCGCGUGAAAGCAGGGUGAACAUCUACAAGCUUCUUCUUACCUUUUUACAAUCUGACAACAAGAUCAAUGAUAAGGUCGUGAAGUUGACGUCUAUUCAGACUUUGAGAACAAUCAUCAAUGAUUGGGACUUCAACAAGCAAGAUUUCCAACCUUUUUGA